AUGGUGAUGGCAAAGUUUCUCUUUAAGGAAGGGAAUGGGUCUCAUGAGAUAGUUAUAGUUAGUAAGACGUUAAUAGAAGAUUCCUUCCCAGUUCUCCUCCACCACCGCCGACCACCACAACCGAACCCCAGCGCUCCCCCACCGCCGUUGACCGCCAUCACCACCAGGCUUCUGCGCACUUCGACCACCACGAAGUUGCAAGCAGUGCUAAAGUCAGAUUGCGGAAGAUUUUCGUUUGCUAAUGACUGUAAGACUAAGGAGGUGCUUGGAGCUGGUGGAGCGGUUGUUAUGUUUAGAGGGCACCAAGGCAGUACAAGUGUAGUGAAGUUUCAGUCCCUAUUCCAUGAGUUUUGGGGUGGUUUCGGGGCUCAAACAGAGUGAUGCUCUGCCCAUUUAAUUUGCUUCCCAUUGGACUUUCAAGGCCAGUCUUUCUCGUGCAGUGUUAGGGAACUCGAAAAGGCGGUGAAAGAGAUUGAAGCUAUUCAAAUGAAUCAAAGGCCAAGAAAAAUGAUCAAUUUGUUGUAAUUUGGAAUAUCAAGUUGUAAUUUGUUGGAAUUAGUUGUAGUAUCAAGUUUUAGUUUUGAGAAACCUAACUUUGUAUGUAAUUGAUAAUUGUGAUGAGAAUGGCCCGGCAUGGGUUUUAAAUUUAUUGG